AUGGCGGGGUUCGCCGCCGUCUUCUACAGCGAGCCGGCCGUGCUGGGGCUCCUGGGCAACGUGGUCAGCGCCUUCCUGCUCUGCCUGCAGAACUUCGCCGUGGCUCAGAGCGGCCUCAGGCCGAGAGGGGCAGAGGACAUCCUGGCAGGCAGGAAGAGAGGGGAAGGCAGAGGCCCCAGGGCUGCUCAUGGGAAGGCUGUGGGGCCUGCUUCCUGCAGCUCAAGCCCUUUUGUGGUUUGCCUCACACCUGACCACUUCACAUGUCCCUCAGGUGUCCACCUCGUCCUGAUUGGAGGCUUCGUCCAGCUCCUGGCAGGAUUCCUCGCCUUCCGCAAGUACGACCACCUUGGGGGCGCGGCCUUCCUCACCUUCUCCGCCCUGUGGAGCAGCUACGGGGCCACACGGAUCGUGUCAGCUGCCUACCCCUCCCCACAGAACACCACCCUGCCCGUGGGGAACGGCAGCCACCUCCUGCCCCUCGGCGCGGCCCAGCUCUCCACCAGCCAGAGCGCGGUGGCCGGGCUGGUGGCCUACAUCUCCAUCUCCUUCGUCCUCUGCUUCUGCUCGGCCACCGUCAACUACGUCAUGCCCUUCAUAUUCGGGGCCCUCGCCCUCGCCCUGGUGUUCGAGGCGGUCGCCCUGUUCUGCCAGUGGGCCCUGGUGGUGUCGGGGGCCAUCGAGCUGGUCAUUGUCACCUGCGGGUUGUACGGGGCGGUGGCUCUGCUCCUCAAGGGCAUCACGCAGCGCUACGUCCUUCCAGGCUUUGGGCAUCCCCUCUUCAAUGUCCUGCUCUUGGGGUCAGCACAGAAAAGCUCCUCCAAGGCCAUCGGGGAGGAAAAGAAAAAGAACACAAAGUAUGCCGAGCCGAUGGCCCUGGGCAACAUCUGCGACACGGUGUCGCCCUUUAUCUUCGCCUUUUACUUCUUUGGCUACGUGAAGACCUUCUGUGUCGGGGCGGUGUGGAUCUCCAUCAUCUCCAGCUGCCAGCUGCUCUCCAGCUUCUACAGCUACCUCCGAGGUGACGCCUACCACACAACCAAGUUUGGUGUCCACAGCCUCUACUGGCUGGUGAUGUCUUGGGAAGAGUUCAUCCUCACCGCCUUCCUUGGGCUGCCCCGGGCUCAGGAGAGCAGGCUGGGAAUGUUUGGAGGGUGGUUCUUCCUGGCCACCGCCUGCACGCUGUUCCUGAUGUCCACCCACAAAGACACCCUGGAGACGCUGCAAAACGCCUCCUUCGUCAUCCUCACCACGGCCUUCAUCCAUCAGAUCCCGCUGCCCGGCGCUCAGCCCCUCCUGGGCACCGCCUGCAGCCUCUGCACGGCCCUGUCCCUGUACGCCACCUUCGCCAGCCUCAUCAACUCCAUCGGGGAGAAGGCCCUGAUCCCGGUGGGCGCCCAGGCCGUGUCCAGCUCGGCUCUCCAAACCGCGCUGGUGGCCCUCAAAGCCCUCCUCACGAGCACCAAGGAGCUCCCCGGCGGCACCGGCGCCGCCGUGCCCGACGCCUUGUUCUACAUCUGCAACGGCCUGGCCGCGGCCUCUGCCAUCCAGGGCGGCCUGGGGGACCCCGGCAGGCAGCAGCUCUCCAUCCCCUCCGUGCUCAUCCCGGGGGCCGUGGGGCAGCUCUACGUGUGCAGGAUCCAGGCCUGGGGAGGGAGGAGGUUUGGCUCCGUCCUCCCGUUCUGCUACGCUGCCUUCUGGGCGGCCUGGGCGUGGCUGCGCCUGGCAGCUUCCUCUUUUAACGUGGUGCUGCUCUGUGUGACCCUUGCAAUGGAGCUCUUGAGCAUCUGUUUUCUGCUCUUUACAUUGGAGAGCCUCCCUUUGCCAUUUGAAAUUGUGGUGUUGAGCAUCUUCAGCAUCCUCUGCUUCUACGGAGCAACAGCAUCGCUGGCAAACUGCAUGUUUGGGAAGGACCUCCUGAUGAUGGGACCUCCUCUGUUCACAGCCGGGAGCUCCAAGAAGGACACCCAGGACCCCCCACCCUGUGUGUGCCCCCAGUCCCACUGCACGAGUGGCCUGAGGACCAUCGCGGAGCUGCUGAACACGGGGGCCGUGUGUGGGGUCCCCACGGACACCGUGUAUGCCCUGGCAGCCUCCUGCAAACACCCCCAAGCCAUCGAGAAGGUCUACAGGAUCAAGGACAGGCCUCAGGAGAAGCCCAUCUGCAUCUUCAUUUCAAACCUGGACCAGCUGCGAGCAGCUGCUCCCCCCAUCAGCCCCUUGCUCUGGGAAUUCAUGGAAAAUGUUUACCCUGGUGGCGUCGGCUGCAUUAUCCAGAAAGGAGAGUGGCUGAAGAAGUUGGGGGUCGGAGCAGGCUACAGCAGGGUGGGAACUCAAGACAGCAUCAUGAUCAGAGUCCCUGACCUGACAGUCCUGGUGCACCUCAUCGACAUGACGGGGCCCUUGGCCAUCACGUCGGCGAACCCCAGCGGGGAGGUGGACAGCACACACCACGACAUGGUCAUCUCGCGUCUCGGCCAUAAGCUGGAGGGUGUUCUCUGUGAUGGAGAAUCUGAUGAGGUGGUGGCAUCCACUGUGGUCAACUGCACAAAGAUUGAUGAAAGUGGCAUCACCAUCGUGCGGGAAGGCUGCAUCCCAGCAGGAAAAGUGAUGCAGAUCUUUGAGAGAGUGAAGAACAGAGUGCUCUGAACCAAAGGAACCUUCCCCUGAGCCAAGGAACAGCAUCUGUCCCAUGCCUUGCUGGAGCACACGGCCUUGGGAGAGCCAUUCCUUCUCCUACCAAGCUCUUACCUCCUUGGGAACAGCAGCACUUCCCCACCUGCUGCCUCUCCUGGGAGCUUUCUGCGGUGAUUUCUUGUUUAUCCUCAGUAAGUGCCUGGAACCGCUGGGACACCUGCCCAUGGAAUGCCAGCAGGAGCAGGAGUGAUGCUUUACUGCAGGAAUUCCCAGUGUUUCCAAAGUGCAGUGGACUGUGAAGGCCCUGGCUACUUGUGUAUCCCCUUCCACAACACUCAGAUCUGUGUAUUU